CACCAACAUAUGGCGAGGACUCGUAAAACAUAGGCUGGGCUGCAAAGGAAUGUUGCGCAUGCGUACUUUAGACACGUACGCUAGGUUAUCCAGUGCGCAAGUGCGGAAGGAGUCGUGCCCCUGUGAUCUUAAAGAUCUGAAGGUGCUUUUCUUCAGGGUCAUUCCAAAAUGUGAGCGUUACUCCAUAUCUGGUUCUCCAUUUUGGAUAAAUGGGAAGAGUCUGCAGAUGAAAGACACGUAGUCACCAUGUCUGGAAAUCUGGAGGACGAUGAACCGCUCUUAUUCAUUUUAGAAGAAAACGGAGGGUGUGCUAAUGUUCCUGAGGUGGAUAAUACCAGCGAUGUGGCAUUAGCUACAGACGAGUAUGAGUGCCACCCAGAAAGCAUGGAGCAAGUUCACAUGCCUGAGGACGCGGACCUCAUCUGGGAGACGCGCUAUCAGGAAGCUGCUAUCUACCUCCAGGAGGGGAAGAAUAAUGACAAGUUUUACACUCAUCCACGGGACCCGAAAGCGCUUGCUGCUUACCUUUUUGCCCACAAUCAUUUAUUCUACAUGCUGGAACUAAGUACCGGGCUUCUGUUGCUGCUUCUUUCCUUGUGCGAGGCACCGGCUGUCCCCUUUCUUCGCCUUGACAUCUAUGUUCAUGCUACUCUGGAAUUGCUGGCGCUGGCAUUGGUUGUUUUUGAACUCUGCAUGAAGAUGAGGUGGCUCGGUUGUUGGAGUUUUUUGACGCAUCGAAGGACAAUGUUGAAGAGUUCUGUAUUGUUGGUUCAGUUUGUUGAAGCUAUUGUGGUGCUAAUCAGACAAACCUCUCAUGUACGGGUAACGAGAGCAUUGCGACCUAUUUUUUUUGUGGACUGCAGAUAUUGUGGGGCUGUACGAAGGAACCUGCGUCAGAUUUUCCAGUCUCUGCCACCUUUCAUGGAUAUCCUGCUUCUCCUCCUAUUCUUCAUGGUGAUAUUUGCCAUCCUGGGAUUCUACUUGUUCUCUCCUAAUCCAUCAGAUCCGUAUUUCAACACUCUUGAGAACAGUCUGGUCAGUCUGUUUGUACUCUUGACAACUGCCAACUUCCCUGAUGUCAUGAUGCCGGCCUAUUCACGCAAUCGAUGGUCCUGCAUCUUUUUUAUUGUGUACUUGUCUAUUGAGCUGUAUUUCAUCAUGAAUCUGCUUCUAGCAGUUGUGUUUGACACGUUCAAUGACAUAGAGAAAAAGAAGUUCAAAUCCCUGCUUCUGCACAAACGUACAGCCACACAGCACAGCUACCAGCUGCUGGUGAACCCACAGGGCCCACAUGGAAUUUCUUUCCGGCAGUUUGAUGGAAUGAUGAGAUUCUACAAGCCCCGGAUGUCAACUCGUGAUCGAUACCUGUGCUUUAGGGCCCUGAAACAGAACAGGACAGAUAAUCUAAGGUUAAACGAAUUUUAUCAUUUUUAUGAAAUGGUGGACUUGAAGUGGAAGGUGCAGCGGAUUCGAGAGCACUGGUUUGAUGACCUACCUCCUACAGCACUUCUCAUCUUUAAAGGUAUUAAUGUCUUGGCGACUUCCAGAGCGUUUCAGUAUGCAGUAUAUGUUGUAGUCGCUGUUAAUGGAUUCUGGAUUUUAAUUGAGACCUUUAUGGUGAAAGGUAGCAACUUCUUUCCUCAAGGUGUUCCCUGGAGCUACAUUGUCUUUCUCACAAUAUAUGGUUCUGAAGUUCUUUUGAAGGUAACUGGCCUGGGUCCACUGGAAUACUUCACAUCAGGAUGGAACCUGUUUGAUUUUUCAGUGACUAUGCUGGCACUGCUGGGAUUAUUAGCCUUGGCCUUUGACAUGAAGCCUUUCUACUUUAUUGUAGUACUGAGACCUCUUCAGCUUCUUAGGCUUUUCAAACUGAAGAAGCGUUACAGGACCGUGCUAGACACCAUGCUUGAGUUACUGCCAAGGAUGGCCAGCCUGGGACUUACACUGCUUAUCUUCUACUAUUCCUUUUCCAUUGUGGGGAUGGAAUUUUUCUCUGGUGUCCUCUUCCCCAACUGCUGCUAUAAUAGUAUGGUUGCAGAGUCUUAUCGUCUGCUGAACCAGACUGUGGGCAACCAAACAAGGGUAGAAGAAGGCUACUACUACCUGAACAACUUUGACAAUAUUCUCAUCAGCUUUGUGACUUUAUUUGAGCUAACAGUGGUGAACAAUUGGUACAUCAUCAUGGAAGGCGUCACCUCCCAAACAUCACACUGGGCCAGACUUUACUUCAUGGUGUUCUAUAUAGUCACCAUGGUUGUAAUAACCAUUAUCAUUGCCUGCAUUUUGGAUGCUUUUGUUUUCCGAAUGAAUUACUGCAGGAAGAACAAAGAUGUGGAAGAUGAAAAAGGGAUCACCUUGGAGGUGGAGGUCGGCAGAGAAGAGCUGACAGUGAUUCUCAGACAUGCACAAAACAGCGAGGAGAAAAACCAAGUGCGAAAACUGCUUGCUCACCUGCAGUCUAACCAGGCUGCUUCUGUGCUGUUUGUGGGAAGAAGAUCUCAGACAAAGAGUGACCUUAGCAUGAAGAUGUAUGAAGAAGAAAUCCAGGAGUGGUACAAGGAGCACGCUCAGGCACAGGGGAAGAAGAUGGUAGAGCUUCAGCCUGCCGAGAGGGUCCUGCGUCCUCGAUCCAGUACUGUUAACUAAACGUAUUCACCACCUACUUCUUGUAUGACUAUGCAAUUGUGUCAGUAUUAAUAUUUAAACUUUGCUCUGAGAGCUAGUAACCAGUAUAAUAUUCCCGGCGGUUGUGAUCUGUACAUACCUACAGUGGAAGCCUUCUCUAGACUCCAAUGAAGUACUGUUAACAUGUCCAAGAAGUAUAUUACCGGGGCAUAUUGACAUUUUAUUUUAUAUAAGCUGUUUUAAUGGGGUUUAAACUUCAUUUUCUGCAUUGUUACUGUGAAAUGCAAGUUGUAGCACAUAAUCUACUAUGUUGGGUGGGUUUCUUAUUGCUUGUAUAAAACUAUAUGAUGACUGGACACUUUCUAUAGAUGUUCCCUAGUGAUUAUGAAGGGCAUUCACCCACUACAGACAAUCAGACCUCAUUUUAAGUGUUCCUGUGCUGGCCACCUCCCCAACCUUCCAUUCAUUAGUUCUCUCUCCAGCAGUGAAGAAGAUGCACAUCUAUAUACAGAUGCCUAUAUUUGUAACAUAUUAAUAAAUUCCUUUUUACAAAAAAAAAA